UCCUUGGACGUCCAUCACUGCCUGCAUAAUUGCGGGUCAGCGGUCGGCGCAGUCUACAAUUAGAUUCUGUAUGUGUUUGACCCUGGUGGCAAUCACCUUCUUUGUUCCUUUUUCGCGGUAUCAGCUUCUCACCGUUGCUUGCUACGCAUUUACUCCGCCCCAUCGCCUUUUGGCUCACGCCGACUGUUCGGCCCUUGGAUCGGCACUGCGAAUCAAUGACGUCAGGCGUGGCAGUACCAAUCACCGCUUUCGAGAGGCGUGGCUGUGCGUCGGCGUCGGUAUUCACUGCAAAUGCUCAUCGUAUUUAAGCAAUGUGACUCAGAGUCGAAUCAUCCAUCCAGUUUCCCUCGAUCAAGCCGAUCAAUCACAUGUCUUCUUUCGGAAACAGCUCCUCUGACUACAUGAACAACUCCGUAUACUCUUACGAUAUACCAGCCGCGACUUAUCCUGUUGAAUACCAGCAUGUUCAGCAGAUGAACAACACCAACUCUGCUUCUACUAUGCCGGCCAAUUCUUCAUCCUCCUACCCUCCUUCCCCUCCAUCGUCCAUGGAUGGCGCGUACGGCACUAUUCCGAGGAAGCGUCGCUCUCCUAUUGCUUCGAGCACCCUCGGACUUGACGCGCCUACUCAACCCCGUCGCUACGUCACCCCUUCCGUCACCUCCAGGAAAGAGAUCCCUGCCUUCUUCAUGAGGAGGAGGCCCCAGUCGAUCCCAUCCGAUGAGGAGGAUGAAUUGACAGAGGAGCCGCCUGCAGCUGGUGCCACGGACCAGGAAAAAGUCGAGUACAAGAGGCGACAGAACACCCUUGCGGCUAGGAGGAGCCGCAAGCGCAAGAUGGUCUACCAGCAUGAGCUGGAGGAGACGGUUAGAAGGCUGACGACCGAGAAGGAAAUCUGGAAAACCCGCGCCUUGACGUUAAGGCAGCUCUUGCAGAGUCACGGAGUUCGCUGCCCCGAUUUUGAGGAUGCAUAAAUGAAAUUCGAAUCCGUCCUUUCGUUUGGCUAGAUACCCUCCGUAUCUGCAGAACCACUUCGCUCAACUGCGCAACAUUAGAUGGCAUAC